AUGGUUGAUCUCAAGAAGCUAGGAAUAUACCUAGCGGCUUUGAUCCCGGUAGUUGCCGCACUGCCAGCAGGGACUGGCAGUGGCAGUAGUCCCGUCGACCACUACAUCGUUACCAUGAAGCGCGGGAUGUCUGACACUGAGAUGGCUACUCAUAUAUCCUACGCCAAAGAUAUUCAUAGCCGGAGUGUAUCCCGCCGUGGCCUUUCCGGCUUGGUCGAGGAUGGUGUUCGCAAAGAAUUCCACAUCAACGAGCACCGCAGUUAUUCAGGUAUCUUCGACACUGAGACAAUCAACGCGUUAAGGAAUCACAACUCCGUUGCGUCGGUUGAUCCAGUUCUCGACAUGCACAUUUGGGACACUACCAAGCAGCUUUACGCUCCCUGGGGUCUUGGUAGUAUCUCUCACCAGAUUAGCGGCACAACUAACUAUGUUUACGAGGAGGAUGCUCAGGGCGACGGGUACUAUGCCUAUGUUGUCGACACUGGCAUUCGCGCCAGUCACGUCGACUUCGGCGGCCGCGCAGUCUUUGGGUUUAGCUCUGUCGCUAAUGAGACACAUGACGAUCUCCACGGCCACGGCACACAUGUAGCAGGCACCAUCGGCUCGGCUACUUUUGGUGUUGCCAAGAAGAGCACUCUUGUUGCUGUAAAAGUCUGCAAUGCCGUCGGCAAAACCAACACAGAGCUAAUCAUGGCCGGGCUGGCGUGGGCCUACGCGGAUAUGAAGAAUAAUACCCGCAUCGGCAAGUCAGUCAUCAACAUGAGCUUGGGUGGUGGAAGGCAGCCUGUGCUGACGGAGGCGGUGCAGGCCCUGUACAAGGAGGGAGUCACAGUCGUCGUUGCUGCUGGUAACGAGGGCAGUGACGCCGCGAACUACUCACCGGCCAACGCUGCCGAUGCCAUUACUGUCGGUGCAGUGGAUUCAACUUACACCAGAGCAGCAUUCUCAAACUAUGGCAAGAAUGUCGACAUUUUUGCACCAGGCGAAUCUAUCAUGUCACUGGGCUUCGAGAGCGACACUGCUACGUCGGUCAAGUCGGGUACCUCCAUGGCCUCGCCUCACGUUGCUGGACUGGUCCUGUACCUGAAGGAGCUGCAUAAGAUUGAGAAGCCCGAUGAAGUGCUAGCCAGGCUGGAAUCCCUAGCUGUGAAGGGGAUAGUUGAGGAUACCAAUGGCAGCGCAAACGUUUUAGCCUUCAACGGGGCCGUCGAUGGCGACACCCAGCUCGACAUAAGCGACAUAAUGAGAGAUGCGAAAUAA